CAGAAAACAACCAUGUUGCCGCCAGCCUGUCGAAUACAGCCAGUAUGCACGCGUGUUCAAGCACAGCUUGUCGGAAGCAUAUCCAGCGAAAAGGGCUAACAUGUCCCGCAUGCAUCAACUACCGGCGCGUGAGGAGGAGGCCGAGGAGCGGUUAAAGACUCCAGAGGCAUUUACUUGAUUGUCGCGCAGUAGUGGUGUGAGAGCUAUGUUUAUCUCUCUAGGAUGCCAGCGGUAGAUUCUUUAAAGACUUGAUCUGCUGUCUGUAGGGCUGCAUUUCGUUCUACCCCUCAUUGCAUCUUCGUUAUUUAUCCCAGACCACUCAUCCAAUCUCCCCAAACUGCCAUCUUGCGGCGAGCUACUUAAAGUAACUUCACAAGACCAGGGAUCGCUCAACUAGGGUAGAGGCGCUUUAGGAAUCUUCUCUUACGGCGAACUGAAAGCAUUUUGGUCUCUUUCAUCAACCUCCCCAAUGGCGCCCUCCGAGAUGCCCAACGCCCUCAACGGCGUCAAUGGGUUCGGGCACAACUAUGACUAUCCACCUUCGCAUAUCGACGGCCCAUACAGAGUGCUCGAUCAAUACCACUCAAAGCCAACCAAGCUGCGGGUAGCUUGUGUUGGCGCUGGCGCGUCAGGUCUCUGCUUAGCGUACAAGAUGGAGAAGAUGCUGGAGCCCGGGUCUUGGGAAUUGACCCUUUUCGAGAAGAACCCCCAAUUCGGUGGAACAUGGUAUGAGAAUACGUAUCCGGGUGUCGCUUGCGAUAUCCCUUCGCAUGACUACAAUUUCACAUGGGAUCCUAAACCCGACUGGUCACAAUUCUUUGCGUCAGGGAAAGAGAUCCAGGGAUAUUUUGAGGACUUUGCGGAGAGGCAUGGCAGCAAAAAGUACAUGAAACUUAAUAGCAAGAUAACCGAAGUAAACUGGAAUAAUGAGGAGGGAUGUUGGAAUAUCACCAUUAGGAACCCCAAGACUGGUGCGAUGUGGAAAGACUGGGCACAUGUAAUAGUGAAUGGCUCAGGUAUCCUUAAUAACUGGAAGUGGCCGGAUCUCGAGGGUAUCCAUGAUUUCAAGGGCCCUCUACUACACUCUGCCUGCUGGGACCACAGCGUCGACUUCAACGGGAUCACCGCUGCUGUCAUCGGUGUUGGCUCCACCAGCGUCCAAAUCGUCCCAUCGCUGCAAAAGGUUGUCAAGCAGUUGGAGGUAUACAUGCGCAGCCCAACAUGGAUCUCACCUCCAUUCGGCGCAGGCGCACUCACCAACGACCUACAGAAAGGCCAAGACGUCGACCCUGGCCAGCGCCAGUACAACUUUACAGAGGCAGAUAUCAAAAAGUUUAGGGAAAAUCCGGAUUAUCACUUGGAGUUCCGGAAGAAGAUCGAGGCGGAGAUCAACAGUCUAUUUGGAAUGUACCAACAGAACUCAGAACUGUCGAAUCAGUUUAGGGAUGUCGUGACGAAGGAAAUGCACCGCCGAAUGGGUCCCGGCCACGAGGACCUGAAGAAGUUCAUCAUCCCCAAAUGGUCGGUGGGCUGCCGACGAAUCUCGCCUGGUGACGGCUUCCUCGAGGCAUUAGUCAAAGAAAACGUGACUCCCGUCUUCAGCGGCAUUGAGCGCGUCGUUCCAGAAGGCAUCAAAACCGUCGACGGCAAAGUACACAAACUAGAUGCGAUCGUUUGCGCUACAGGGUUUCAAGUCGCGUUCCAGCCUGCCUUCACAGUGCGCAACGGCGAAGGCAAGUCAAUCAAGGAGGACUGGACGAACGGCCCCAACCUUUACAUGGGUGUCUCAGCGCCUAGAUUCCCCAAUUUCUACACCAUCGUUGGCCCCGGCGCGACAUGGAGUAAUGGCACCUUGUUGCCAUCGAUCGAAACCACUAUUGAGUAUUCGGUCAAGUGCAUGAAGAAGAUGCAGACUGAGGGUAUCAAGGCGAUGACUGUCAAGCAGGAGGCGCUUGAUGAGCUCUAUGCCCACUUUGACGAGUAUCAUAAAACAACUGUGUGGCAAGAGGAGUGCCGCAGUUGGUUCAAGGACGGCCAGAUCAAGAACCGCAUCUACCUAUGGCCAGGCGCGACGAUCCACUUCCUCAAGUCCAUCAAGACCCCGCGCUGGGAGGACUACGACUUCACAUAUCGUUACAAGAACCGGUUCGCGUUCUUGGGCAAUGGUGAUGUCAAGGCUACGGCGUCAAAGGAUGUCUUGGGUUUGAGCACGUAUAUCCGGAGCUCGGAUCACGAGUGGGAUGUCGACUAAGCGAGCAAUCCUUUAUGUUGGGCCGGAUUGAGCUUGCUCGGCAAAGAUAGCCAGCUCACUGCGGGUCUCUUUUCGUUGGCGUUCCAUUAUCUGCAUGUCGGGGUCGCGGAGUAUCCCCGGACUUUUGGGUUCCCCACGGUUACACAUUCCAAUGCAUGAAUGCAUGAACAACUUCUUUUGGCAACGUCGACGUCUUGCUCAUAGCUCGCUUGGAGUGCACAAUCGGCAGGAGAGCUCUCGUCUGUGCUUCGCGGACAAGCGCGCACGGC